AUGCGCUCAGGCUCAGGCAACGCAUGCUCGGACGCUGUCGUCGACAAUCCCCGAGCCACGUCCAGGCCCAAGCCCAAGCCUCAUCUCCAACCUCGACCUCAAUCUCAACAACAACAACCACCACAACCACAACCACAACCUCACCCUCACCCUCACCCGCAACCUCAGCUUCGGCCUCAACCCAGCCUUCAUCACCACCACCAGCAACCGCGCCAUCACCCCCCCAAGCCGCAACCCUCCGCCUCGCGACUGUCCGCUUGCAAGCCCGCGCCGCAGCGACCAGCGACCAAAGCCUCGACGACGACCACGACAACGACUCCUGCUCCUCGAUUGGGCUCGACUCCGCCCAAUCCCCAGGGACCGCCCCUCACCCGCCCGACAGCUGCUCGACAGCCGAAACAACAUGUGCUUUCUGUGAGGACUGCCGCUGCCCCGACUACGCGUUCUUCCACCAAGAGGGACGCCGCCACGAUGCCUCCCGGCGACAAGCCUCGCCAGCCCCAGCUGAGCGCUGGACCCCCCCGAGGCAUGACCCGAACGCCCCUGACGCCCAAGGUUGCCGUUAAGGGCCCGCCAGCAACCACGCCGCUGGCUCGCAAGUCCUCGUCCGUCGUCAGCGCGCAGUCGCCGCGCGGCGAGAGCGCCGCCGCAGCUCCUCCGGGUUCAUACCUCAGCCAUACCAGCACCCCGCGGUCGGGCGCCAGGCAGUCCCGUGCCGAGAGCACCGUCUCGACGCCGGGCAGCUCGACGAACCUCGACAAGAUGAGCGACGGCGGGUGGGAGACGCGGAGCAACCGCGGCCUGGGCGUGUCGCCCCUGGCUCGUAACGACAGCCUGAGCUCUAGGAGGAGCGUCACCAGCUCAUCGUCCACCGGGCCGGGCGAGGACUCCAAGUUCUUCUACGCGAGCAGCGUAAAGCCCUCGGCCCAUGCGCCGCCGCCCCGACCGGCCUCGGUUGUUCAUACUAAAAGUACGCCGACCUUUUUCUACGCGAGCGAUGCUGCCAGCAAGCGGGUGACGAGCCCUCCGGCAUACCCCAGCUCAAGCACCCACUCGCUGGCCUCGGCGCAAGAGGGCGUCGCCACCAAGUUCUUCUACGCGAAUGGCGCGCCAGACAUGGACGCGAGGCUGUCUGCCCGCAGCUCCGGGACGGGCUCGACCAUCUCCAGCGGCUCCAGGGCGACGCGCGCCAAUACCAGCAACUCCUCGGCCGUGGGAUCCAGCACGACUCAGCUGUACUCGCGGCCAGCAUCACCCUCAAAGAACCUUACGCACCCUACACUACCGCAGCAGCAGCAUGCCCAGCCGACGCUCCGAGCCAGUGCCAUGUCGCCUACCUCCCCGAUCAGAGCCUCGGCUCACCCGGCUCCGAAACUGGCGGCUGCCCCUGCCCAGGCCAACAAGAGGCGAGUGAGCAUCGAGUCGCCUCUGCGGUUGAACAAGGGGCACGGCCGCGCAGGAAGCGUCGUUUCUGUAGAAGGAGGAGCCGCCGUACCAAAGAUCGCCUCACCGACAAGCGUACCCCCCGCGAUUUAUGCGCCCGAUAUGACACCGCCACUUCUGAGUCCCGGACUGGCGCAAUUAGCACAGCCCAUGACGAUGGCGUCGAUAUUACAAAUGGCCGACGAAAUGGACGAUGAGGAUGAAGAGGAUGACGAAGACGGGAGCGAAGGCGAGGGAGAGGACGGAGAAGAUGGAGACAGCGACGAUUCGGAAUCUGACUCCAUCAGUCGAAAGAGAUCUUCGCAGAACUCCGAACCUCUUAGCCACCUUGUCCUGAGCGCCCGACGCGAGCGCAAAGUUCAGGACCUGGAAAUCACAAACGCUUCUCUCGAAGCCAUCAACAGAACCCUUGAGAGGCAACUGCGCAAACAAUCCGCAGAACUGCGCCGCUUCCGGCGCUUAUCCAGAGCCGGGCGCCUUCCCAGCGGCUCGGGAGCCUCCGGCCAAGGAGGUGCCUCUCUCACCGUUCCAGAUGCCUCGGGGGCCCUCACCGACGUUAGCGAGAGGGAGGAAGAUGCCGCAAAAUUAAAUGGAGAACUGGACGAGGACGAGGACGAAGAGGACGAGGAGGAUGAGGAGGACGAGGACUCGCUAGUCGACUCCGACUUGUCCCACGGAAACUCAGCCGCCGACCCCAGUUCUACCACCUCUCAGUCAAAGGUGGAAUCGCCUGGCGACAAACGGCGGAAACGGGACGAGCGCCGUCUCCAGCUCGACCUCACGAGGCACCAAGAGCUCUUGCUCGACAGCCAGAAGAUGAACCAGAGUCUCAAGAAGUGUCUGGACUGGACAGAGGUGCUCAUCAAAGAGGGCCAGAAGGCAUUGGCCUACCGCGUCCGGAUUGCCGACGUGGACGCCAUGCCCGGCCGCGUCCUGGCAGCCUCGUACUACGACUACGGUGACGACACGUCUCAAGUCGAAGAUGAUACGGUGUCCACCGUUUCCGCAUCACGUUUCGACGACGAUACCAUAUCAAAUAUUGAAUCCGAAGCAGAGGCUUGGCCGAAAGGAGCACAGGAUCGUGACAGCGGCAUAGAGCUGCCCGUUGCGGGUCACUAG